ACUUUACGGUACUAAGUGUGUUCCAUAUUGAUGAGGUUUACAAUCGACCAAAUUUACUGAGAGACGGGAAAGCUACUCUUCAAAUAUGGAUAAAUUUACCUAGCUGAUAACCUGUAUUCUAAAGAGACCAAAGGUGCUUUGUAAGAAUAAAAAAUCCAAAGGCUGACAUCUGUUUUCCUAAAUAUUCAGAAAUCUGUUAAGAAUAAUGGCAUCUGUUGAAAUGAAUUCACUGCAUGAAAAUGUUGAAACAGAUGAAGAUGUUAAGUCAAAAGACUUUGACAGUGUUGGAAUGGAGGAUUUAAAACUUGAAUAUGAUGGUAAAACUAUUGAGAAUCACUUUACAACAGAAGAAAGCAUGGAAAAUGUAAUGCAAAAAUUUUAUGAGAGUUUAAAGGAGAAAGAGAGUGUUGAAACACUUACUUCCUUUGUUGCCAAUUCAUCGGUGGAUGUGAAUCAUGCCUUUACUGAACAGUUUAUAGAGCUACCUUACAAAGGCUGGACAGCGCUGCAUUUUGUUUGUAAGAGAGAUGGUCAUGCACUUGUGAAAUGCCUUCUAGACCUAGGUGCAGAUGCAAAAAUAGAAAAUAAGAAAGGAGAGUCGCCUUUACAUAUUGCUUGUAAGCAUGGGCAUUAUAGGUGUGUAGAAAUUUUACUGCAGCAUGAUAAUAGCUUGAAGGACAAACAGAAUAACCAAGGGUUAACUCCCCUUAUGAAGGCAGUUUAUAGGUCUGAUACGUCUUUUAAAGAAAAUAACUACGGGAAGGCGAUAGAUGCACUAAUAUUAGCAGGUUGUGACGUGAAUCUUAGUCCGCCAUCAAAUAUGUCACCUCUACAUGUUGUUGCUGGGAAAUGGCACAGUACAGGUCUAGUAAAAAAAUUGAUAAAGUCUGGGGCAGAUGUUAAUGCAAAUACGGAAAAAAGUAGUCCGUUAAUGACUGCUCUUUGUAGACAGAAAGUAAAUACUGAAACUGUGAUAGUCUUGAUUGAUUCUGGCGCUGACGUAAACUACAAGAAUAAGUAUGAGAAAUCAUUACUGCAUGUUGCAGUCGCAAAGAGUGAAGAUAGAUGUGUGGAACAUUUGUUGCGUGCAGGGGCACUGGUGAAUGUUGUAGAUUCUGAUGGCAAUUCACCACUUUGGAUUGCAGUCUCUGACAAUAACGCCACUAUUGCUCCAAUGUUACUAGACUAUGGAGGUGACGUAAAUUUUACAAACCGGGAUUACAAUAUGUCGUUACUUUGUAAAGCUGCCUGUGAUAUAAAUAACAAUCUGUUUACUCUUCUUCUAGAACGUGGUGCCAACGUCGAUGUCACAACAAAACUAGGUGCACCUCCAUUACACUAUGCUGUAGAUAAUGGCAGUACACAGAAAGUAAAACUUUUGUUGAGCAAAAAUUGUGCGCUGGACGAUUAUUCUGCAUAUAAAGAUCUUUACAAUCCCAUGAACGCCUUACAAAUAGCUUUCACAUGUAAUAAUGAUGAAAUGAUCAAGUUGCUUUUAAGGGCAGGCUUUCCUGUUGAGGAACAUCAGGUUCGUUUGAAGCGCCUCCCCAAAAAUGUGAGGGAGAAUGAAGAACUGGUGGAAUGGAUAUAUGAUUUCUUUUAUUCUCCCAAAACUCUGAAGCAUUUAUGUCGGCUUCACCUGAGAAGAGUAUAUGGAACAGACAUACUGAAAAUUGUGGAGUCCCUUGUCAAGCAGAAUUUCAUACCCCAAAGAGUUGCAGAUGCAAUGUUGUUGCAAGACCUUCUAAAAGAAAGAAGGAAUACGCAUGAAUCACCUUUUGAUUCAUUUGAUGACUAUUCUGAUGAUUUCUAAGAUAUAUCGAUUCUAACACAACCUGAUUGGUUUUCCAGUUGACCUUUCUAUAAUGGACUGGUCUAUCAUUCAAUUUGGGCAGUACCAUUUAUUAUUGGAAGUGGUGUUCACUAAAUAUUUACUGACUGAAUGGCGAACAAUGCAGAUCUUGGUCUGCACUGGUCGAAAAGGCAUAAUCACUUGCCUGCAGCAGACUAAAGGUUAAACAAAGAAGGGUAAAAGUGUGAUAUUAUUCUACGGUAAAAACCAGUUUUUCUACGUCAUAGUGAAUGUACCAUAGCGGGGUCCUAAAAAGAAUACAUCACAAAACAGGUGAAAGUCAUGUUAGAAUAAUAAAAAAUAUAUCCCCAACUUAAAAGUGAUUUUAUUCAUGAAUAACAUCUUUAUCAUUCAGAUGCUUAUCGUUAUAUCGCGUGCUCUGCACUCCUGUGAUGUAAUUGAUAUGAAUCUGAACCCUGUACAAUGACUUCUUUACAUAAUAAUAUAGCCAAAGCAGUGAUUUGUCAUCAAAUAAAAUCAUAAUUUAGAGUUCAGAUGUGAAGGAAUUAUCUCAUGAUGGCACAGCCUGAAUGAUAUAAAAAUUCAUAUCUAAAUGGCAAACAAUGAUUUUAUUCAAUAUAUUAUUUCAAUUUUAAACUGUUUUCAAGGACUAUUCUACAUAUUUGAAGAAAUUCACUAAAUGUUUGCCUUUUUUGUGUGAUUUUCUUUUUAGCUCACCUGUCACAAAGUGACAAGGUGAGCUUUUGUGAUCGCGCAGUGUCCGCCGUCCGUCCAUCUGUGCGUCCGUAAACUUUUGCUUGUGACCACUCUAGAGGUCACAUUUUUCAUGGGAACUUUAUGAAAUUUGGUCAGAAUGUUCAUCUUGAUGAUAUCUAGGUCAAGUUUGAAACUGGGUCACGUGCCUUCAAAAACUAGGUCAGUAGGUCUAAAAAUAGAAAAACCUUGUGACCUCUCUAGAGGCCAUAUAUCUCACAAAAUCUUCAUGAAAAUUGAUCAGAAUGUUCACCUUGAUGAUAUCUAGGUCAAGUUUUAAACUGGGUCACGUGCCAUCAAAAACUAGGUCAGUAGGUCUAAAAAUAGAAAAACCUUGUGACCUCUCUAGAGGCCAUAUAUUUCACAAGAUCUUCAUGAAAAUUGGUCAGAAUGUUCACCUUGAUGAUAUCUAGGUCAAGUUCGAAACUGGGUCAUGUGCCAUCAAAAUCUAGGUCAGUAGGUCAAAUAAUAGAAAAACCUUGUGACCUCUCUAAAGGCCAUAUUUUUCAUGGGAUCUGUAUGAAAGUUGGUUUGAAUGUUCAACUUCAUGAUAUCUAGGUCAAGUUCGAAACUGGGUCACGUGCGAUCAAAAACAAGGUCAGUAGGUCUAAAAAUAGAAAAACCUUGUGACCUCUCUAGAGGCCAUAUAUUUCACAAGAUCUUCAUGAAAAUUUGUCAGAACGUUCACCUUGAUGAUAUCUAGGUCAAGUUUGAAACUGGGUCACAUGCCAUCAAAAUCUAGGUCAGUAGGUCAAAUAAUAGAAAAACCUUGUGAUCUCUCUAGAGGCCAUAUUUUUCAUGGGAUCUGUAUGAAAGUUGGUCUGAAUGUUCAUCUUGAUGAUAUCUAGGUCAAGUUCGAAAGUGGGUCACGUGCCUUCAAAAACUAAGUCAGUAGGUCAAAUAAUAGAAAAACCUUGUGACCUCUCUAAAGGCCAUAUUUUUCAUGGGAUCUGUAUGAAAGUUGGUCUGAAUGUUCAUCUUGAUGAUAUUUAGGUCAAGUUCGAAACAGGGUCAUAUGCGGUCAAAAACAAGGUCAGUAGGUCUAAAAAUAGAAAAACCUUGUGACCUCUCUAGAGGCCAUAUUUGUGAAUGGAUUUCCAGAAAAAUUAGUCAGAAUGUUCACCUUGAUAUAUCUAGGUCAAGUUUGAAACUGGAUCACGUGCCGUAAAAAACUAGGUCAGGAGGGCAAAUAAUAAAAAAACCUUGUGACCUCUCUAGAGGCCAUACUUUUCAUGGGAUCUGUAUGAAAGUUGGUCUGAAUGUUCAUCUUGAUGAUAUCUAGGUCAAGUUUGAAACUGGGUCAACUGAGGUCAAAAACUAGGUCAGUAGAUCAGGUCAGUAGAUCUAAAAUUAUUAAAAUCUUUUGACCUCUCUAGAGGCCAUAUUUUUCAAUGGAUCUUCUUGAAAAUUGAUCUGAAUGUUCACCUUGAUGAUAUCUAGGUCGGUUUCGAAACUGGGUCACGUGCGGUCAAAAACUAGGCCAGUAGGUAUAAAAAUAGAAAAACCUUGUGACCUCUCUAGAGGCCAUAUUUUUCAUGAGAUCUUCAUGAAAAUAAGUGAGAAUGUUCACCUUGAUGAUAUCUAGGUAAAGUUCAAAACAGGGUCACAUACCUUCGAAAACUAGGUCAAUAGGUCAAAUAAUAGAAAAACCUUGUGACCUCUCUAGAGACCAUAUUUUUCAAUGGAUCUUCAUGAAAAUUGGUCAGAAUUUUUAUCUUGAUAAUAUCUAGGUCAAGUUCAAAACUGGGUCACAUGAGCUCAAAAACUAGGUCACUAUGUCAAAUAAUAGAAAAAACGACGUCAUACUCAAAACUGGGUCAUGUGGGAAGAGGUGAGCGAUUCAGGACCAUCAUGGUCCUCUUGUUUUUUUUUUUUUUUGAAAAAUUGAUUGUCAGAAAAUAUUACAAAAUUUUGCGGGCAAAUGUUGUUUCUGUGCUAUUUUGAAAAUUUCAUAAUCUAUCAAGAAAUAAAAUGACAGUUGAAAGUUUUGGUGUCCUAGAAUUACUCUCAAAUUUUUUCUUUGAUUACCUUAGUACUCAAGAUAUUUUUAGAAUUUGAGAAGUUCCUAUUUCUACUUUUAGAAUUUUUUAUGUAACGUAUGAAUUGUUUUGUCUAAUAUUGUAAGAGAUAUCAAGGAAUAAUUUGAUGUAAACGUUGAUAAAAAGUUAAGUAAUUUGUUAGAGAUGUCCCUAUUCAACCUACAGUGAAAAAAAAAAUCUUUGAUAAUAUGGUGCCAAGUGACACUUCAUCAGUUUAUAAAAGCAGCUUUACUUUUUAUGCCCCCGAAGGGAGGCAUAUUAGUUUUCAACUGUCCGUCCGUUCGUUCUUUUGUUCGUUCGUCACAACGUUAACUUUUGCAUGAAGGCACUUUACUCGCGAACCACUGCACCCAGGACCUUAAAACUUCACGUGCUGAAUGUACUUAUUGAGUACACCACCCCUACUGACUUUGGGGUCACCAGGUCAAAGGUCAAGGUCACAGGGGCCAACGUUAACUUUUUGCAUGAAGGCACAUUACUCGUGAACCACUGCACCCAGGACCUUCAAUAUUCACGUGCUGAUAGUGCUUAUUUAGUACCACUCCUGCUGACUUUGGGGUCACCAGGUCAAAGGUCAAGGUCACAGGGGCCAACGUUAACUUUUUGCAUGAAGGCACUUUACUCGCGAACCACUGCACCCAGGAUCUUCAAACUUAACAUGCUGAUAGUACUUAUUGAGUACACCACUCUACUGACUUUGGGGUCACCAGGUCAAAGGUCAAGGUGCUGCGGGGGCAUUUGUCACCAUUAGUGACAGCUCUUGUUGUUAAAUAUUUCAUGAAUUAAAUUUCCAAAAGUAUGAACACAUUAACAUGAAAAGGUUAUUUAAGGGAAUUUUUUAACCUACUAUUUCAGCCAGAUUAGUUUUCCUUAGUAUGCAUAAGGUUUUUUAGCACAUCUGAUUUUUUGAAAAAAAAAAUGAUGAGUUAUUGUCAUCACUUGAUCGGUUUCGGUGUCAGCGUCGGCGUCGGCAUUGCCUGGUUAAGUUUUAUGUUUAGGUCAGCUUUUCUCCUAAACUAUCAAAGGUAUUGCAUUGAAACUUGGAACAUUUGUUCACCAUCAAUAGCUGACCCUGUACAGCAAGAAACAUAACUCCAUCCUGCUUUUUGCAAGAAUUAUGGCCCCUUUUUGGACUUAAAAAAUAUCAGAUUUCUUCGUUAAGUUUUAUGUUUAGGUCAGCUUUUCUCCUAAACUAUCAAAGCUAUUGCUUUGAAACUUGCGACACUUGUUCACCAUCAUAAGCAGACCCUGUACAUCAAGAAACAUAACUCCAUCCUGCUUUUUUCAAGAAUUAUUGCCCCUUUUGGACUUAGAAAAUAAAUUUAUUGGUUAACUUUUAUGUUUAGGUCGGCUUUUCUCCUAAACUAUUCAAGCUAUUGCUUUGAAACUUGCAACAGUUGUCCACCAUCAUAAGCUGGCUCUGUACAUCAAGAAACAUAACUCCAUCCUGUUUUUUGCAAGAAUUGUGGCCCUUUUUGGACUUAGAAAAUCAUGGGUAGGACAAUUUUUCUAUUAUACAAAAAAAAUCAGAUGAGCGUCAGCACCUGCAAGGCAGUGCUCUUGUUUCACCUAAAUUACCUUAAUAAAUAUAUUGUGUUAGGUUAUUUGUGUAGAGUGUAAUCCAGAGAGAUGAUAUCUUGCAAUUGAUUUUCUUGGAAAAAAACAAAUGACUGCUUACCUGUAGUAGCUAGAAUCUAAAACCCUUCUUUAUUGCCAGUAACUAGAAAUAUUCUAUUCAUAUUUAUACCCCCUACAAACAUGUUUGAGGGGGGUAUAUAGGAGUCAGUUUUGUCGCGUCCCGUCCCGUCCCGUCGUCCCGUCCCGUCCCGAAAUCUAUUAUCUCAGUUAUUACCAAAUGGAUUUGAUUCGAACCUAAAAUACAUGUUCCACCUUAUCACCCACAUCAUGUGACACAAGGUGCAUAACUCUUGACACCAAGUUUUCAUGAAUUAUGUCCCCUUUUACAUAGAAUUUAAGGUUAAUUUUGUUGUAUUUUCACUAUAUCUCAGUUAUUACUAAAUGGAUUUGAUUCAAACUUAAAGUAGAUGUUCCACCUCAUCACCCACAUCAUGUGACAUAAGGUGCAUAACUCUGACACCAUUUUUUUUAUGAAUUAUGCCCCUUUUUACUUAGAAUUUAAGGUUGAUUUUGAUGUAUUUUCACUUUAUCUCAGUUACUACUGAAUGGAUUUGAUUCAAACUUAAAAUAGAUGUUCCACCUCAUCACCCACAUCAUGUGCCCACAUCAUGUGACACAAGGUGCAUAACUCUGACACCAAGUUUUCAUGAAUUAUGUCCCCUUUUACUUAGAAUUUAAGGUUAAUUUUGUUGUAUUUUCACUAUAUCUCAGUUAUUACUAAAUGGAUUUGAUUCAAACUUAAAAUAGUUGUUCCACCUCAUCACCCAGAUGAUGUGACAUAAGGUGCUUAACUCUGACAUAAAUUUUUUAUGAAUUAUGUCCCCUUUUACUUUAAAUUUAAGGUUGAUUUUGAUGUAUUUUCACUAUAUCUCAAUUAUUACAAAAUGGAUUUGAUUCAAACUUAAAAUAGAUGUUCCACCUCAUCACCCACAUCAUGUGACACAAGGUGCAUAACUCUGACACCAAUUUUUCAUGAAUUAUGCCCCUUUUUACUUAGAAUUUAAGGUUAAUUUUGAUGUAUUUUCACUAUAUCUCAAUUACUACUGAAUGGAUUUGAUUCAGACUUAAAAUAGAUGUUCCACCUCAUCACCCACAUCAUGUGACACAAGGUGCAUAACUCUGACACUAUUUUUCUUGAAUUGUGUCCCCUUUUACCUAGAAUUUAAGGUUAAUUUAGAUGUAUUUUCACUAUAUCUCAUUCUGAUUGGCUUAGAGCCAAAGGGAAGUAACCUUUUUUUUAACCUUUGUACUGAGUUUCUUCCCCUUAAAUUCCAGGAAUUAGUCUAUUUUUAGAAAUCCUAUUUUUAGAUUUUCAAUAUUUUAGGUAUUUUUCUAACUUUUUAGCUCGACUAUUCGAAGAAUAGUCUAGCUAUUCUACUCACCCUGGCGUCGGCGUCGGCGUCACACCUUGGUUAAGUUUUUGCAUGCAAGUACAUACAGCCAUCAAUUAAAGGCAUAUAGCUUUGAAACUUAUAUUUUCUUUUUCUAGGUCAAUUACCAACCUCUCUAGGUCAAGUCCCAUAACUCUGACAUGUAUUUUGAGCAAAUUAUGCCCCCUUUUGGACUUAGAAAAUUUUGGUUAAAGUUUUACAUGCAAGUUACUAUCUCCAAAACUAAUGCAGAUAUUGAUUUGAAACUUCACAUGUGUCUUCGGGGUUAUAAAACUAGUUGAUAGCAGCAAGUCCCAUAACUCUGACUUUCAUUUUGGCCAAAUUAUGCCCCCUUUUGGACUUAGAAAAUUCUGGUUAAAGUUUUGCGUGCAAGUACAUACAGCUAUUUCUAAAAGGCAUAUAGAUUUGAAACUUACUUUUUCUUUUUCAAGAUCAAUUACCAACCUCACUGGGUCAAGACCCAUAACUCUGACAUGUUUUUUUGAGCAAAUUAUGCCCCCUUUUAGACUUAGAAAAUUUUGGUUAAAGUUUUACAUGCAAGUUAUUAUUUCCAAAACUAAUGCAGAUAUUGAUUUGAAACCUCACAUGUGUCUUCGGGGUUAUAAAACUAGUUGAUAGCAGCAAGUCCCAUAACUCUGACCUUCAUUUUGGCCAAAUUAUGCCCCCUUUUGGACUUAGCAAAUUCUGGUUAAAGUUUUGCGUGCAAGUACAUACAGCUAUUUCUAAAAGGCAUAUAGAUUUGAAACUUAUUUUUUCUUUUUCUAGAUCAAUUACUAACCUCACUGGAUCAAGUCCCAUAACUCUGGCAUGUAUUUUGGGCAAAUUAUGCCCCCUUUUGGACUUUGAAAAUUCUGGUUAAAGUUUUACAUGCAAGUUUCUAUCUCCAAAGCUAAUGCAGAUAUUGAAUUGAAACUUCACAUGUGCCUUCGGGGUUAUAAAACUAGUUGAUAGCAGCAAGUCCCAUAACUGAUAUGCAUUUUGGUCAAAUUAUUCCCCCUUUUGAACUUAAAACUCUUUUGAUAUUUAACCUUUUUGGGUAAUAUUUUCCUGCUUCUGGGACAAUAUUUCGAAUAGUCGAGCUUGGCUGUCUUAUGGACAGCUCUUGUUUAUUAUAAGUCCUAUGUAAAAAGUAAAAACAUUUUUCCGUGGUAACAUGGGUCGGUAAGACACUUUUUUGUAUUCACUUGUAGUGUAUCUCUAAUAUUAGAGAUUUAAUAUAUUUACUAGUAUUACUAUACUAGUAUUAUACUAGUAUUACUUAUAUGUGGAAGCCCAGGAUGAAGUACUCCAAAGUAUUUUUAAGAUUCCUUAUGGUUGCCAUUCUUCUGUGACAAGACCGUAUUGUGGGGGUAUGAGUCACUUCUGUGACAGUUCUAGUUUUAUAUGGUCAUAUUUGAGUUAUUGAGGUUUGUAUAUAUGUGAGAUUUAUAGGUAUAAUCAAUACUUUUGUGUUGUUGUCUUUUAUGUUUUUUAACUUUUCCUUUUGUUAACCAAGAGAUUAUUACUAGUUGCUAAAUUAACCAAGAAAAUAGAAUAAUUGAGCUGCAUCUGCGCAGUCUGGUCAGGAUCCAUGCUGUCCGCUUUCAAAGCCUAUUGCAAUUAGAGAAACUAUUAGCAAACAACAUCGAUCCUGACCAGACUGCUCUGAUGCGCAGGUUGGUCUGGAUCCAUGCUGGUCGCAAACGCACUAUGAUGGUUUUCUCAUGGUGCGGCUCGUAUGAUUUUGUUUAGUUUAUGAAAGAGUAGUGAGCUGCUUUUCUCUUAGAGUAAGUACUAAGUGCUAGGAAUAGAAAAGGUUAUGUAUAGAUAAUGUGAUUUUAUUCGAUAUCAAAGAGUACAUUGUAUUUGCACCUGAUUUUAUUGGAACAGUUUUCAGAUUGAAUGAUUUAAGACUGAAUAGAAUUUUGAUAUUAACUUAGAUAUAUAUAUCUGAUAUGCAGUAUGUUAAAAUGGAAUCAAAGGAAUCAUGAACUUGCUAAAUAUUCUGUGGUAUUUUAUUUUCUAAAAUAGUCUUGCUGUAUGAAUUCAUUUAUUAAAGAACAUAAUAAUACUAUA